UCCGGUUGCGCAUGGAGUAGGCAAAAGAGAAAAACUAUCCGGACAUCCCAAAACAUUUCCGUCAUCUAACGAUUUAAAACAAAAACAAAACAAAAAAAAAAAAACGAAAUCAGUCUGGCUGUUAGAUUAGAUUUUGCGGGCUGCCGCAUCAUAAAGACGCAUUUUUCUGUUUUUGGAUUCUGCACGGCUCAGGGGAAGGUGCGAAACUGCGCAUCUGUCAUCCAGCCAACUCAAACGGUGCCUGAGACCGUCUCGAGAAACCGAUCGCGUUUAAGCCACUUUCACAUCACACAAUGGCUGAAACCGGCGCAGAAUGCAACAUCAACGUGCUGUGCCGUUUUCGCCCAUUAAACCAGUAUGAAAUCCAUCGUGGAGACAAAUUUCUCCCAGUCUUCCAAGGGGAUGACACUGUCAUCAUGGGGGGGAAGCCUUUUGUAUUUGACCGAGUCUUUCCCACCAAUACCACUCAAGAGCAAGUCUAUAACAGCUGUGCCAAACAAAUUGUCAAAGAUGUGCUGGAUGGAUACAAUGGUACCAUCUUUGCAUAUGGACAAACAUCUUCUGGCAAAACCCACACAAUGGAGGGAAAGCUCCAUGACCCAGACAACAUGGGCAUCAUUCCGAGGAUCACCGAUGAUAUCUUCAACUAUAUCUUUGCCAUGGAUGAAAACUUGGAAUUUCACAUCAAGGUUUCCUAUUUUGAAAUCUACAUGGAUAAAAUCCGAGACCUGCUUGAUGUGAGUAAAACCAAUCUGUCAGUGCAUGAAGACAAGAACAGGGUCCCAUAUGUCAAGGGUUGUACAGAACGCUUUGUCUCAAGUCCUGAGGAAGUGAUGGAUCUAAUUGAUGAAGGGAAAUCUAACCGUCAUGUUGCUGUUACCAAUAUGAAUGAACACAGCUCCAGAAGUCAUAGUAUCUUCCUCAUAAAUAUCAAACAAGAGCAUGUGGAGACAGAGCAAAAGCUCAGUGGCAAGCUCUACCUGGUGGACUUGGCUGGGAGUGAAAAGGUGAGCAAGACAGGUGCAGAAGGUUCUGUCCUGGAUGAAGCCAAAAAUAUCAACAAAUCACUUUCUGCAUUGGGCAAUGUGAUAUCAGCUCUCGCUGAGGGAACGAAGACCCACGUACCUUACCGAGACAGUAAGAUGACCCGAAUUCUCCAGGACUCUUUAGGCGGAAACUGCAGAACCACCAUGUUUAUUUGCUGUUCGCCUUCCUCAUACAAUGAGGCUGAGACCAAAUCCACACUCAUGUUUGGACAACGUGCUAAAACCAUAAGAAACACAGCAUCAGUGAACUUGGAGCUGACAGCAGAGCAGUAUAGAAGGAAGUAUGAGAAGGAGAAGGAAAAGAACAAGAAUUUGAAGGAAUGCAUCAAGAGACUGGAGGCUGAACUUAAUUGUUGGCGUAAUGGAGAGGCGGUCCCCCAAAUGGAGCAGGACGCUGUGUGUGUCAUGGACUCUGAGCUCAUUGAAGAUGUUGCUUUAACUAACAGCAGCAGUGGUCCUUCCUCAGUUCGCCCCACGGUUACAGAGGAAGAGCUCUGCCAUCUUUACAAACAGCUAGAUGACAAGGAUGAUGAGAUUAACUUGCAGAGUCAACUGGUGGAAAAACUGAAGAAGCAGAUGCUGGAUCAGGAGGAGUUUUUGGCAUCAUCACGUGCAGACAGCGAGCGGGUCCAGUGUGAGCUCGGGCUCCUUCAAGCCGAGAGUGAGAGUGCUAAAGCAGAAGUUAAGGAGGUUCUUCAGGCUCUGGAGGAACUGGCGCUUAGCUAUGACCAGAAAAGUCAUGAGGCUCAAGACAAGAGUAUGGAGAACAAAUUGCUUACCCAAGAGCUUGCUCAGAAAAUGACAGAUUUGAUGUGCUUGGAGACAGAAUUCUCGAGGCUACAGGAAGUGAACAAUCAGCAGAGGAAACGCAUUACUGAGGUUUUAAAUACACUGUUGAAGGACCUGAGUGACUUCACCCUCAUCUUGGGCAGUGGUGAAAUCAGGCUGCCACAUGAUCUCUCUGGUGUGUUAGAGGGAGAGUUUGCUGUGGUGUGCGUUUACAUUAGUAAGGUAAAGUCAGAGCUGAAGUCCCUAGUAAACCGCUGCAGGCAGCUUGAGAAUUUGCAGUCAGACAGCCAACGCAAGAUGGAGGAGACUGAGAGAGAACUGUCGUCUUGCCAACUGCUCAUAUCCCAGCAUGAGGCAAAGAUUCGGUCUCUGACUGAGUACAUGCAGAAUAUGGAGCUGAAGAAGAGACAGCUGGAGGAGAACUGUGACUGUCUUGUGACUGAAAUUGCAAGAUUACAGAAUGCAGAGAGCCUUCAAGAAAAUCAGCAAGACCAUGGGGAAUCUGGAGAAGCUAAGCACCGAGUCAAUCAUCUUGAACCCCAGCACAAACAACUAGCACGCCUACGUGAUGACAUCAACAACAAGCAGAAGAUAAUUGACGAGCUCACAGAUGACAAUCAGAGGCUCGUUGUUGAAUUACAACAAUUGCGUGUGGAGUUUGUUAGCCUGAAAAGUCGAGAGUGUGAGAAAAGUGCUCGGCUGGAAGAGCUCAAAUAUCUUAAUGAACGCCAUGAGCAGGCUAAGCAGGACAUGAAAAGGCUGGAAGAAACUGUAGCUUGUGAACUCCAAAGCUUGCACAACCUGAGGAAGCUUUUUGUUCAAGACCUCACUGCUCGAGUUAAACGAAGCUCUGAAAUGGAACUCGAUGAUAGCGGAGAGCUUUCUACCCAGAAGCAGAAGAUUUCUUUUCUUGAGAACAAUUUGGAACAGCUUACAAAAGUACACAAACAGUUGAUUCGUGAUAAUGCAGAUCUGCGUUGUGAACUUCCUAAACUGGAGAAACGUCUCCGUUCUACAGCUGAUCGAGUUCGCGCACUGGAGGGUGCACUAAAAGAAGCCAAAGAGGGUGCCAUGAAAGACCGACAUCGCUACCAGCAAGAAGUUGAACGCAUUAGAGAGGUCAUGAGAACCAAGAACUUCUUCCAUCGCCCUAAUGCUGCACUGAUUGCCAAACCUGUUCGGCCUGGGCACUACCCUGCAUACUCACCAGUCAAUCACAUGUUUGUGCGCACCAGUGAUCCAAGAAUCACAUUUAGCAAUGCACUGUUUCAGAGAGGCACUCAACCUCAUACUAACACCAAAUCGAAUUACACGGACAAAGCUCUUGAAGACAGACACAGCGCAGCAAAUGAAUCGCUAAACUGCACUCACAAACCCAACCCUGUCAAUGGGAAUUCCACAGAUAUCAAUGACAACAGCGUACCUCUUAGUGACUGUUCGGUGUGUAGCAGUGAUGGGACCAGCAGUGCUCCUCCUGACCAGAGCAAACAGCAAGAACAGGAACAAGCGACCAGCUAAUCACCUAGAAAAUGUACCAACUAAGGUACACAAAAUACACAAGAAGCACAAAGGAUACAGAUAUACUGUAAUUUAAACAACACUCUUAACUUGGUAGUAUUCAGUAAACAAUAUUCCAUUUAUUACUGAAUCUUGUUCCAACAUUUAGGUAUGUUAUAAUUUAUUGCCAUGGGAUCAUUAGGAAAAUGAAUGCUUGUCUUUGUUAUAGAUAACAUGUUGUAUGUUCCUUUCUGUAUACAUGCAUGUUGUUUGCAAAAGGUCUCUGCAGAAAAGUUUGCCUCGUUUCUAUAUUCUGCAAAUACAAUAUAAAAUAGCUUUUAAUAUUUACCAGCAGAUGGUGCUGUUUUGUGUUUUGAAGAUCCGCAUUUGUGGUACUGUGGAUACAGUAUCGAACUCAAAUACUGCAGAAGUCUCUUGAGAUAAUGA